CUUUUUCACUUCUGGCUCCAACUUUGGCGCAUCUUCUGCUUUGUCUGGGCCCCCCCAUACCGACUAAUUUGCAAUCCAGCCUCCACUGCCGGAAUGGAUGCUGCUUGUGAUAUUGGACGCUAGACUACAAUUGAUUAGUUCAGGCUAAGUUUCCUUUCCUUUCCUUUCGUAGAAGAGGUAGGUAAGCUGUUGAUUUUGCCGCCCGUCACUUUUUUCUCCACUUCAUCACCAGUCUUCACUCAACUUCAAGUCACCUGGAACUUGAAGCAAUUGAGUCGAAUAAAUAUCAACUGCAGUUUGAUACUACAAGCUUUUGUGAAGCUGUCAAAGCGCAGUUCAGUAUGGGUGAGCCAAUGGAUUUGGAUUUAUCGCCAAGUAGGGGUAUGAAACGCAAGGCAGCUGAACCUAUUUCUGGCCUCGAGACUACGAAGAAACCUCAGGUGCCUGCUGGCGGUGAUGUCCUUGCGAGCAUAUGGAACUCGAGUGAUGAUAAUUCCACCACGUUCCCCCAAUUUACUCAGAAAUCAUCGAGUCUGCCCUUUGGCCAACCAAUAGAGUUUUCAUCGAUCAGUGGACCUACCUACCUCACUGCGCAAACCUUGGUUCAACAGGUCGCGUACGCUCUCUCCGACAAGAUCUUCUCGUACUCCCCCGAGUCCUUCGAUUUGGAUGUUGCUGCAAAGGCGUGGUCUGCUGCCAAUACUGUAAAUGCCAACGGAUAUACCACAGAAGUUGCGUCUUUACAAACACGAUCGGGAGCUGGGUCGUUUGCCUUGGGAUAUAUGUUUUCGAAGGAUUUCGAUCUGGCAAAGAGACACAUUCCGCAAUCCCUCCUAGCUUCAUCUUCGAGCUUGCACAACCUACGUUCAGCUUUGGAUCAGCUCUCCCUCUUAUACUCUAUCGCAAACCCCUUUGUCGCGCACAUUGCAGCAGUAGAUUAUGCUCCUGGUGCUACCCGUGGGCUCGUCACUGACUAUGCGACUGCCUUCACUGUUGCAGAGGAACUAGGGCUGGGACUUGUUUCUAGCUCAUCUCCGUAUGAGGCUCAGCACAUGUCGCUCUUUUCGACCGUUUUGGCCACUGUUCUCCCAACUAUCCAUAUCUACGAUGGUGUCAAUGUUGGUCGGGACACUCUGCGAGUUAUCGAUGUUCUUAACCAGUCCGGCUUGGAUACUGCGUACAAGAACGUUUUGAAAGAAAUUUCCAAGAUUAGCAAGAGAGCUGAUGCCGAGACGAAGGCGGCCCACGUUCUGGAUGCCUUCAAUAAUGAGCUUGGUACUGCAUAUGGCCUUUUUGAGUAUCGUGGCAGUAACUCUGCAGAGACUGUUCUGGUUGUAUUCGGCAGCGUGGAAAGCUCUCUAGCUGGACAAGUUGCAGAGCAGCUUGCUUCACAGGGAACAAACGUUGGUGUUGUCACCGUCCGAGUGUACAGGCCAUUUUCUGAAGACGCUUUCCUGAAAGUGCUUCCCAACUCUGUUUCAACCAUCGCCGUUCUUGGGCAGGUCGUGGACUCGACAGCUGUGAAUGACAAAUCUGUGCACUCGAACCUCUACGAAGAUGUCCUCGCCGCGACUGUCUUCUCAGAAAAAUGGCGCGCUCCCCCUACUGUCGUGGACUUGAAGUAUUCACGAGCCGAGACGCUGACACCAAACUCCGUGGCCGCUUAUUUCCAGAAGUUUGCAAUCAAGUCACUUGAUGAGGCCGCUCCGAUUGAGUUGCUCAACACUACACAAGCUGAGCAAUACACUUUCUGGGAUGUCCAGGAUUCUGCAGCCUCAACUGCGCCAGUUGCCAUCAGCAAGUUGCUCUCUGGAGAUUCAGCCAGCAACGUUGUACUCAGCCAAACUCACGAUAACUUGGUGCAAGGCGGCACAGUGAGAACCGACAUUCGAACAUCCAAGAAAUCGGUUGAUUCAUUCUAUCCAAUCGAAGAGGCUGAUGUCACUGUCGUCGGGGAGGAGAAGCUUCUUAAACAAAUCGCUAUUGUCAAAAACAUCAAGACUGGUGGCUCACUUGUCCUUUCGCUUCCUGGAGUCAAGGACGAAGAUCUGGAGAAGAAGUUGUCUGCUUCUGUCCGAAAUGAAAUCAAGUUCAGAAGCAUUUCCUUGUUUAUUCUGGACCCGGCUCAGUCAUCAGCUGUUGAGAAGGAUGCUGCUGUUGCGGCACUAAUUACAGAGUUGGCUUUCCUGAAAGUCGCUCGCCUCGAAAUUCUGGAAACCGGAUUCCAGAAGCUUGCUAAUAUCAACGGCACUUCAACCCUGUUGACCGAGGUUGCAGCUGAUCUGGAUAAGGUCCUUCGACAAGUGGAGAUCCCGGAGUCCUGGGCUGAGGUUGAGGUCGAUGCAGAAGUACCAGAUCUUCCACAGACUAUCAACUCGAGCAGCUUCACAGGCUUCGAAAAGGAAGACAAGGAGCCACCUGCAUUCCUCAAAAACUGGCAAUCCGUUGCCAAGGCUCUUGCUUUCAAGGAGGCUUAUGGCACGAGGACUGCUCUUAGACCUGACUUGUCUACCAAGACCUACGAGAUCACUGUCAAGGAGAAUCGUCGUCUAACACCUCUGACAUAUGAUCGUAACAUCUUCCACAUUGAGUUCGACCUGGGCAAUUCAGGUCUGAAGUACAACAUUGGUGAAGCUCUUGGCAUUCAUGCUGAGAAUGAUGUCGAGGAUGUUAUCGAGUUCAUGAAAUUCUAUGGUCUCAAUGCGGAAGACGUGGUUGAAGUUCCUUCCAGAGAGGAUCCAGCAGUCCUCGAGACCAGAACAAUCUUCCAGUCUCUGGUACAGAAUAUUGACAUCUUCGGCAAGCCACCCAAGAAGUUCUACGAAGCCCUAGCAGAGUUCGCAUCAGAUGAGAACGAGAGGAAGGAGCUCCUUACCCUUGGUGGUCCGGAAGGUGCCAACGAGUUCAAGCGCCGCGCUGAAGUCGACACAAUCACCUUCGCUGAUAUCCUCCUCGAAUUUACGUCCGCCCAUCCCAGCUUCCACGACAUCGCCCAGAUCGUUUCACCCAUGAAGAGACGAGAGUACUCCAUCGCCUCCAGUCAAAUGGUUGGGCCUACAACCGUAGCUCUCAUGAUCGUCGUCGUCAAUUGGGUCGACACCAAAGGCCGUGACCGCUUUGGUCAAGCUACCCGGUACUUAAGCCAGCUCCCCAUCGGCGCAAAGGUCACGGCAUCCGUCAAGCCCUCCGUGAUGAAGCUUCCCGUCAAAGACACCGCGCCCCUCAUCAUGGCCGGUCUCGGCACAGGACUUGCCCCCUUCCGCGCUUUCGUUCAGUACCGUGCUAUGCAGAAGGCUCAAGGCAAGGAAAUCGGCUCCAUCCUCUUGUACAUGGGCUCUCGCCAUCAACGCGAGGAGUACCUCUACGGCGAGGAAUGGGAAGCCUAUCAAGACGCCGGGGUUAUCACUCUCCUCGGCCGUGCAUUCUCGCGUGAUCAGCCGCAAAAGAUCUACAUCCAGGACCGCAUGCGACAGACCAUCAGCGAUAUCAUCAAGGCGUACAUCAAGGAAGAGGGCGCGUUCUACCUUUGUGGUCCAACCUGGCCUGUUCCGGAUGUUACGGAAGUUUUGGAGGAGGCUAUUGCCAGAGAUGCGAAGGCGGUUGGGAAGAAGGUGGAUCCAAGGAAGGAGAUUGAAAGACUGAAGGAGGAUCUGAGAUAUGUGCUUGAGGUCUACUAA